AGGAGGGAGCACCAGAUGAUUAACCCGUGCAAAGGCCGUAUUCUGUAUUUGUGCUCUUGUCUAAAACCGGCCUCCCGACGGAAACUGGCCCUGUCGAGGGCAAGUCCGACGUACCAUACGAGUCAAAUAACCCGAGUCUGGCCACGGAUGCCUCGCCUCGAUCGACAACAUGUCUGACCAGAAGCCCCCCUUAUCCUCCCUCUCACCCGCCGCGAGAGCUUCCUCGACAUCCAAAUCGCGCGAUGGUUCCGUAGCUUCCUUGUCCUCCGAGGCCCCUCCGCAGAUCGAUAGGGGCCAGCUUUCUCAUGCCUUCGACCAAAUCCACAGCACCUCUCAGAAGAAAGAUAUCCUGACCACGUUUAAGGCACUGGGACCGCCACCUUCUCCCUCUUCUGCCGUCGAGGGUAAAGGAACUGCGAGCGAUCUCGUGCAAAACGGCUUAAGCGGACUCUAUAGCCGCUUCAAAGAAGUUGUUGGGGUCGGCGGGAAGGAUAAGAAGGAGAAUCCGGACCUGAACGACGGGGAUGCUGCGUCAAGAAAGAGCUCGAGUACCACCGCCACAGCGUCUAAGAAACCGGGCUCCUUACUACAUGUCGACACUGGCGUCACAAGUUCGACGUUCAACUCAACAUCGCCCGACCCGACGGCUUCUGCCAUUACAUCCUCGGACGCUGUUUCGAUUAGCGAAGGGCAAUCUCAGCAGCCGUACUCAACCAUGGCUUCGUCUGUUUCGAACCUCCCCGGGGCACCAAAUUUAAAAUCUACAUCUUCGAGCUUCCAGAGCAUGUCGAGUAUGACGAAACCAACUGCCGCCGUUGUCCCGGUGCACGCCAGUGCAUUUAAAGACGGACCUCGCGGCGUAUUAUCAAAGACGGAAGACAGCCAGAUUAAGGGAGGCGGCCGGCGGAGCAUUAGCAAGCCAAAUGAUGGACAGCACUCUGCCACUACCUCGGAGGUAUCGACGGUACACGAUGCAGUAGGGAAGAGGCAUGGCCCGCCCGUCGACAAGAUCCCAGUCCCUAGCCAUCCCAAGCGAGAGGAUGGGCCGAACAUGGAGGGAAGCACGAACUCUCCUACAACCCCCUUGAGGGGAUAUAGAAAUCCGCCAGUUAUGUUACCAGCAGCUACCUCGCCCCCAUCUGACUCCGGUGCGUUACCGCAGUCGAUUCAGCCGUCGACAAGGGAUGCCAUCAGGCGACCUGCUCUUCUUGAUCGGAUUGGCUAUUCUCGGCCUUCCGAUAAUCUCUCGAGGUCCUCAUCCAUAUCACGAGGCACUACCGAGAAUAGCCCUAUAAAUACAUCUGCUCAUGAUAGUAUCCACCACGAAUCGUUCACGCAAGUCCCCGAACCUAGACAGAUGAAGUCCGGGGAGUACAGGAUACCGGGCACGACCGUCGAUGAGGGUGCCCGUGAAACGGUCAAUGCGAAAUUGGCUUCCAUGCGAAAACAGAUCUUGAGCAAGGACUUUUGGAUGGCCGACGAGACAUGCAAAGAGUGUUUUCUGUGCGCAGCUCCGUUCACUGCCUUUCGCCGAAAACACCAUUGUAGGACUUGCGGCUGUAUUUUCGACAACGGGUGCACAUCUAUCAUCUCAGGAGAGCGGUUUGGUGUCCAAGGAACACUUCGCGUGUGUCAAACUUGCUUGGCGAUCAUCCGCCAGAGACAGGACGGGCCCGCCUCGGAUGACUCGGCAGAUGAUUCAUUUCUUCCGGCAAUGUUUCGCCAGAAUGUAUCCAAGACACAUCCACCGCCUCCAAAAGCGGAGCGAGACUAUCCUAGUGCCUCGGAAAGAGUCGAAGAUAUCGAGAAUAGAUCGCUAGCUACGCCCUUGAUGGCGAUCCCUGCCGCGCGGCGCAUCGGAGAGUCCUCAAACCGCAACUCGGCAGUGCUAGAGAUCGACUCACCUCAGUUGAGCCGCCCAAGCUCGUCAAGGUCCUUAAGGUCUAGUAACACCUCGGGCAAGCCUCAGCCAUUUGGCCACAGACGUCAUCACUCGAAGCACAACUUGUGGAAUCGCCUCAAGACUUCCCCGGAACAAAGAGCGCCCUUUCGUAAACUGGCAGGCGAGGAGGUCUCUAGGAAGGCUGGCAUGCACGCCUUUCAUGACGACAAUGUCAUUGAUCCCGAUUUGGCACCAUUUAUGUCGGAUGAAUCGAGCGGUGAUGAGCAGAUGAGCAUAGCGGAGGUGAUGGGCAGAUCUGAUUUACAAGGCCCAGCCAUGACUGACCCCGAGAGAUCGUUUGGGUCGUACCUGAGUGCCGGGAGGAGGGCUAAAAACCGUGCCCAGGUAGAAAAGAGUGUUAGCGGUCUGAGCUUCACGAGCCGUGGCUUGGAUGAAUUCCACCCAAGGCCCUCGAGACGACGGAAUAUGAGCAUUGCCAGCGGACACGUCGUACGGUCUCCCCGGCCCAAAUCAUCCGCCCUGAGAGGACCGAUCGGAUCGAACGAGACGCUUCCGCUCCUCGACACUUCGUUGGCACCCGACGUACGACGUAUCACUCGAAGCUCGUCUAUGAAAGGAGACAAGGCGCCUCGUUUGGAACUCAAUCCCGCAAGCCUAGUACACGUUCGAAAGCUCCUGCGACAGCUACUCCAAGACACGGAUGUGCCGAACGUUAGUUCUUGGGAAAAGGCGUUGAUGCCGAUUCUCCUGACCUGUACUGCAUCCGUGGAUCCUGACAUCGAAAGGGGGGAUGACAUGGAUAUCCGCCACUAUGUUAAACUCAAAAAGAUUCCCGGGGGACGGCCAGGUGACACUUGUUAUGUCCCAGGCGUUAUAUUCACGAAGAAGCUAGCGUUGAAGAGCAUGCCGCGUCGCAUGGCCAAUCCCCGUGUCGUGAUCGUCUCCUUCCCGAUUGAGUACCACAGGCAUCAACAACAAUUUAUGAGCUUGCAACCGGUCAUCGAACAGGAGCGAGAGUACCUGAAACAGUUGGUAAAUAGGAUCAUCGCCCUUCGGCCUCAGUUGCUAUUGGCGGAAAAAAGCGUAGCAGGUCUCGCGAUGCAGUUCCUAUCCGACGCGAAGAUUGUUGUCGUCUGUAAUGUAAAGCCGUCUGUUCUUACAGCCGUGUCGAGAUGCCUCGAAACUGAAAUUAUCUCGUCCAUAGACAUGCUGGCCCUCCCCUCACACCAAUUCCAACCAGGCAGGAGUCCCGGUUAUGAGGUAAAAACGUUUGUGAACGAGCAUAUUCCUGGUCGAAAGAAGACGUACAUCUUCGUCUCUAGCAGUCAAGAGGAACUCGGAUGUACAAUUGCUCUCAGAGGCGCACCCAUCCCUGUUCUCGCCAAACUCAAGCGCAUUACCGAGUUUAUGGUGUAUGUGGUCUAUAACCUCAAACUCGAGUCGUGCUUGAUGCGAGAUUCGUUCAUUCAGCUUCCUACCAGCGAAGAGUUAUCCGGGCACUCGAGCCAAGCCAUGGAUGAGAGCCUGGGCUCGUUGGCUACCAAGAGAUCUAGUACGGCCGACGACGGACAGAGAAGCACGUCCACAACCACCCAGGACACACCCAACAGCCAGGAUAGUCACUCCGCACCGGGGAUCGUUGAAGAGUCACCGAGUAGUGCAGUCUCGCAAGAGCCGCUUCUCCCGCAGCCGGCUCACGAUAGCGCAGUUCCGGAAGAUAUCCCCAUGCCGUCCUUUUACAGCGAUAUGGUCGCAAAAUAUGAGACGAAAAUUCUGUCUGUCUCUCCAUUUGUCAAAUUUGCGCAGCCCUAUCUAUUGAUGAAAGCCCGGGAGCAGGAAAGACGGUUAGUUCAUUUGAAGCGGCUGCGAGAUCAAGACAUCAUUGACGAGCGUGCGGACCCCGAGAAAUCAAAUCCCCAGAAAUUUCAGCUCAUAAAACCACGAAUGGUGCUCGAGACUGGUCACAAGGCACCCCGGCAGAUCAUGGAAAUCCUUCAUGCAGUCCACGAUGCCGAGUAUGACAAAGCCUUCUACAACUAUCAGACACAGACAAGGCAGUGGGAAAACAACAUCCAAGGCAAUAUCGGCUUAUUCGAGCCGUAUGCGCACCAGAGAAUCGUCGUAUUGCAUUCUAUCAUUUGUACGGAAACCAAGAUUCCGUGCCUGGAGCCGACUUUGAUCGCGUUUGGUUUCUAUGAUGAGCACGUCGACUUUCCUAGCGGAAUGUCUCCCGACUGCACGCUGGGCCAAUAUAUCGAGGACGUCUGCUACAAUUCGGACGACUUGUGCAAAUCUAACAACUGUGAUCGCAAAAUGGGCGACCAUCACCGGACGUAUGUCCACGGCGAAUCCCUCAUCACCAUCUUCGUCGAGCCUGACACGAAAGGCACGUUACGGGACGACAUUAUGAUGUGGAGCUAUUGCAGGCUUUGCCGGCGAGAGACGAAUGAGAAGGAAAUGUCUAGGGAAACCUGGAAAUACUCCUUCGGGAAAUAUCUUGAGCUGUCGUUUUUGAGUAGAGGGACCCAUCUUGUCGAGGUCGAGGAUGGCGACGGCUGGAAUUGCCCUCACGAUCACCAUCGCAACCAUAUACGAUACUUUGCAGUUCAUGACAAGAUCAUUCGUAUCCACCAUGACCCUGUCGAGCUUCUAGAGAUCAUUGUUCCGAGGGCGAGGAUCACUUGGAAUGUUGAACAUGAUCUUAACAUGAAAAAUGAUAUUUUCUCCCAUGCCCAAGAGAGGUGGGCCCGGUUCACGACUUCGGUAAAAGCGAGGUUGAAAGCCAUUAAUAUCGACAACAUCGUUCCCGAAAAAGUCGAUUCAUGCAAGGCGGAGAUGGAACGGCUAUCUAAAAAGAUAUCCGAAGACCAUAGCUCUCUUGUGCGAAAACUCCAAGAAAAAUACAUGAACUCCAAAUACUACGAGGUCAUCCCCUUUAACGUCGUUCUUCGGGAAAUGCUCGUCAAAGUUGGUGAAUGGGAUGCUGUCUUUACCAAGUUCGAGGCCGAUUUUCUACCCUCAGAUAAAGACAUACGAAGGUUAACCCUGAUUCACCUCCGUAAAAUGUUCACUGAUGAAUCAAAAGAGUCACUUCCGAAUAAUGAAACGAUAAAUGAGACGACAGAGAUAACUGAGGAAGCCACACAGAGCAGCAUCCCGGAAAGCGAUACUAGGACGGAUAGCCAGCCGACGACGACUGAUUCGGAUCCUGCUCAGCUCGACGCAGAUCAGGAACAAGCUCCUCUGGACGUACCGGUUCCAGAUGCAACACCAGUUCAUGUGGCUGAUGAAGCUCUGGAUAGAGUUGAGCCACUUGACCUAGCAACGCCGAAAAUACCUGCGCACGACCGUCCGGUUUUAAGCCGGCCUGAAGGUGGCAUCGCCGCUUUUCAGGCGCAGCCGCUGCCGAACCCUGACCCGGUUCUGCCGUCUCCUGAGCUAACGCCAAAAUCGACAACCACGGCGGCGCCCUCGGUCUCAUCGAACGAGAAAGUCGAACAGAUUCGCCGUCGGCAGUCCGGGAGCUCCGAAAGGGUAGGCGUAACAGCUACGAGAAACGAGCCAACCAGGGUUUCCGUAGAGCCCCCAAAGGCGGUGGAGCGUGGGACUUCUCGUAAGGCUGGAUCGAGUGUGUCUCCUCCAAUGAUCCGCGCCCUAUCACAGCCAGUAAUCAGUGCCGCAGUCUUGCCCCGGGUGCAUUCCGCUGCAGGAAAGAAGAUGUUCAGCACCAACAAGGAGAAAGAUAGAGUUCCAUCAUCGGAGGCAGGCACCGGAAAUGAGAUUCGGAAGAUUUCGUCCAACGAAUCCGGCAAAGGGGAAAAGAAAAUAUUUCCGAGUCUUCGGCCUCACCGAAAAACCAAUCCGUCAGCUAUCCCGCGCUUUGUUGGGAAAAGGGAUUCUCGAGUAUUUACUAUCCGUAAACAUUUCGAACAACUGAGUCGAGAAUUUGAAAAGGAGCGGGUGAAGGACCGGGAAAAGCGAGCGGUGAAAAUGUCUCAUUCUCGACCCUUCCUCCAAAACUCGUCGACUAAGGCCAUCCUCGAAGUUUACGAAGACGUGGUCGAGGCUGUACAGGAACCAGGUCCGAUUGAAGAAGAUCAGGUGGCUGUGGCGGGAAAGCUAGACCUCGAGGGGGGUAUGCCAACGGAAUCGGCGGAGCCUGAAACCCCCAGUCAAACUAGCCAGGAGCCGGUCCAAGAACCGCAAUCCCCUAAAGAUGUGUCCCAUAUUUCCAGUGAGAUGGCGACUGAGACCGAAACCGACGACCCGGCACAGAAUAAUAGUUUAGGAGCGACGGACGACGAGCAAGGGGAGAGUGAUACCGAGCACUCAUUGAUCGACGGCACAACGCUCGAGGAGAUCGCCGAAUCGUUCGAUUCGAGCGCUGAGAUCCCGGCGGAACUUCCGAAGCAAGAUAAGAACAACUUCAUGAAGGUGCUGGCCAAUUUUUGGAACGAGCGAUCGGCAAGUCAGUGGCCGCCGUUGGACUACCCGCUGAAUGCAACGGAUCACAUCUUCAUCGAUUCUGACAUUAUCGUCCGAGAGGACGAGCCAAGCUCUCUGAUCGCAUUUGCACUCAGCUCUGAAGACUACAAAGAGAGACUUCGAGGUUUCUAUCCACCGAAAAGUAACGAAGAUACGGACGCCUCAUCGGUAGUGGAGGGCGACGGACAUCCGGAUGACUUCCCGGGUGCCAAGGAGACGAUUACUAAGAGGCAGUUGGAGGUGAAACUUAUGCACAAUACGGGCACACACUACAAAUACCAAUUCACAGAGGGUACGGCAAAAAUGCUGAUUAAGAUCUUCUACGCCGAACAGUUCGACGCGCUGCGACGGAGUUGCGGCGUCGCCGAUCGUAUCGUCGAAUCCUUGUCGCGGUGCUUGAAAUGGGAUUCUAAAGGCGGUAAAACGAAGUCGGUGUUCUUAAAGACGCAGGAUGAUCGGUUGGUAAUGAAGUCUCUGUCGCCGGUGGAAACGGUGGCCUUCUUGAAAUUUGCGCCAGCUUACUUCAGUCUGAUGGCGGAGGCUCUUUUCCACGACCUCCCAUCCGUGAUCGCUAAGAUGCUAGGGUUUUUCCAAGUCGUUAUUAGAAAUCCGGUAACCAACACCGAGAUCAAACUCGACUUGCUACUGAUGGAAAACCUAUUCUACGACCGAGCGCCCAGCAGGAUCUUCGAUCUUAAAGGGUCGAUGAGGAAUCGCAAGAUUCAAGCGACGGGCGAGCAGAACGAAGUGCUACUCGACGAGAACAUGGUGGAAUACAUCUACGAGUCGCCCCUUUUUGCGAGAGAGCACUCGAAGAAGCUCCUUCGCGCGUCGGUCUGGAAUGACACACUCUUCCUCGCACGACAGAACGUGAUGGACUAUUCCCUCAUGGUCGCCAUCGACGAAGACAAGAAAGAGCUGGUGGUGGGUAUCAUCGACUGCAUCCGGACAUAUACAUGGGACAAGAAAUUGGAGAGCUGGAUCAAGGAUCGCGGCUUCGCGGGUGGCGGACGUAACAAACCAACAGUUACUAGUCCUAAGGAGUACAAGUCGAGAUUUCGGGAGGCCAUGGCAAGAUAUAUACUAGAGGCCCCCAACUGCUGGCAUCCGUUUAGUGCACCUGUGCUCGCGCCAAGGCCACGAGAAGUCGAGGUCGCAGGGGACGAAGAGGCGGACGCGGUUACGUGAGCGAUAGACAAGCAGUAAGUUAGGGAGCUUUGUGGGCGACUGAUUGGAUGUACUCCCAGCACGGCACUGGACACCUUGUAUGAAUAAUGUAUAUCCCGGGGUUGUAGG